AUGGCUGAAGUCGCUGAUCGAGUGCGCGAUGUCGCAAAAGACGAGGCCGCAAAGGUCUCAGCAAUGACCAAAGAAGCGGUUGAAUCGCGUGCCUACCUCUAUCCCCUCAAAGGCGUUCUAUACUUCCUCACUCACCGAGACCUAUGGCGACCUUUGACCUCGAAACUCGCGGCAGUCCUGACCACUUCCAUUGGCGUCACAACUUUGAUGUUUACCUUUGCCUAUCUGCCACAAUUGGCGAUCAUGGCCUUCACGAGCGGUCCUGCAGCAGCCAUUACUGCGGCCUUGCUCACGCUGAGCGAGAGCUCGACUAUUGUGAACCUGCUUUCGAGGACAUUUUUCAUUGAGGAGGCUCUCGUGGACACAUUUGAUGGCACACUGUUGAAUCAAGACUGCAAGAACCUGGUUAGCGAGGGUCGACAGAUACAAGCAGGAGGAGAUAACAUGGCCAGGCUAGGAAAAUUGAUUAAGAAGCCAUUCGCAAAAUUCACUCCAAACGCUAUCAUCAGAUACUUUAUCUACCUCCCACUUAAUUUCAUCCCUGUUGUUGGAACUGCCAUCUUUAUCAUUUUGCAAGGCAAGCGAGCCGGACCUACAGCCCACCAGAGAUAUUUCCAGUUGAAGGAAUGGUCAGCAAGGCAACGAGAGGCACACAUUGAACAGAACAGAGGCGGCUAUACUUCAUUUGGAAUUACUGCAUUUCUCCUCGAGAUGGUCCCGUUCGCUAAUCUAUUCUUCGUUUUCACCAAUACUGUUGGAGCUGCCUUGUGGGCUGCUGACCUGGAGAAGAGUGCCGGUACUGCGCCCAAAUUGAGAGAACAGGCAAAGAAGGCACAAUAG